UGCCUUCUGUAAUUCUGCCUGUUGAGCGGAGGAGUGCUAUGCGACAGUGGAUAGCUUUAUCCGAUCCCCUCACUCGCCUUAUCAGCGCAUCUUCGCACAACAGUAGUAUCACCCGCCUCGUGUCUCGUGAGCGCGGAAAGGUGCGGAUCGAUCAGGAUGACUAGGACUACCGGUGCUACUACUGAUCCAUCUCCUCGACAAAGGUCCUUGAGUCUUGCUCAGAUGCCCGUGGAAUUGAAUGGACGUCAAUCCGCUACAGAAACUCCGAGACCGCAUAACGCAGCGUCUGGUGUCGCGCGACGAACAGUCGGCAUCUGUCUUCUCCUGGUCGUGGUGGUACUAUGGACGGCUUCUAAUUUCCUAGCAAGUACCAUAUUCGCCGAUAACACCUACUCCAAACCGUUCUUUGUAACAUACAUUAAUACCUCUCUCUUCACAUUACCGUUAUUUUCGAUUAUUAUAGGCCGGAUAUGGCGAUUAUGGCGCUCUAACAAAUUCGCCCGGAUCGACUCUCUAUCCAGUCUGCUGAGGCAUAUUGAUUCUCAUGAUCCGAAGGCGGUCGAGAUUGAAGAACAGAGCAUAUCGCGAACUACGACUUUCAGCCGUGAAGACGAACUGGACGAUUCCUUUCGUGACCAGGAUGCAUCCGGUCUGGUAGAAGAGCAAUAUGAACAUGAUCAUGGACAUUCGAAGCUCGGUCUGAGGGCAACAGCUAAGCUGAGUUUUCAGUUUUGCUUGCUAUGGUUUCUUGCGAACUAUUUUGCAAUGGCCUGUCUGCAAUAUACAACAGUAGGAAGCACCACAAUCUUGACAUCAACCAGCGGGGUCUGGACACUCAUAUUCGGCGCCGUGAUCGGUGUCGAAAAAUUCACCCUGCGCAAGUUCUGUGGCACGAUCGCCUCUUUAAUAGGAGUCAUCCUGAUCUCUCGCGUAGAUCUCUCAUCAUCGACCCCUUCAGAUGACACCACUGGCAGCGGUAACGGGGACGGUACCAUCCCUUCCUUCCCGCAUAAGACACCUUUCGAGAUCGCCCUAGGCGAUGCGAUGGCGGCAUUCAGUGCGGUCCUGUAUGGUAUCUACACGAUUGUUAUGAAGAAGCAAGUUGGCGACGAGUCGAGAGUCAACAUGCAGCUAUUCUUCGGGCUUGUGGGACUGUUCAAUUUACUCUUCCUCUGGCCUGGACUUGUCAUUUUGCAUCUCACGGGUUUGGAGACUUUUGCCUUGCCAGGUUCCCAUGAGAUUUGGGUUAUUAUUUUGGUCAAUGCCCUUACGUCACUCAUAUCCGACAUCUGCUGGGCCUAUGCCAUGCUAUUGACAACCCCGCUCCUCGUCACGGUGGGACUCAGUCUAACCAUCCCGCUUUCGCUGGUGGGCGAGAUGAUCCUACAAUCUUACUACGCCACACCGUUGUAUUGGGUCGGAGCCACCAUAGUCUUCCUGUCGUUCAUGGUUGUUAACCAUGAGAGCCGGGAGUCCGCGACUGAUAGUCACGGAGUAAAGAGACUGGCGGGUGGUUAUGAGGUGGUACCUGGUCGGGACGAGGAGAGUAACGUGGAUUGAUUCUGUGGAUAUUUUCUAUAUAUAUAAGGAUUCUUUAUAUACACAUCAUUUUCUUUUUGUUUUGGGGUUAUUUUAUUGUUGCAUGGAGCAUAGCAUGAGAUAGGAUUAGCCAUGAUUACGUCCCGGACGGCCUUAGAGAAUAUU